ACGCCACAAUCCGCAGAGGGGCGGAGCUGUGCGCAGGCGCGGCCUCCCCAGGACAUGGCAACGGCCGGUCGCCAUGGAGUCUCCGCGCUGACCUUCCCGGAGCCGAGUCUCAGCCGCGGCUGGAGAGCAGGCAAGCCAUCCCUUGAGCGUGACACCAUCCUGGUCUGGACUGUUUGUUCGGAAGGAUGCAUUCUCUGGUCUUCUUCUGUGCGCAGAAAGUGAUCUCGGACCACGCCUCGACACGCAAAGCCCUGGACUACAUCCCGCGCGAGAUCUACCCGGUCCUGUUCAAAGCGGCCUUCCUGGACCUGCGGACACUGGUGCUGCGUGACGUGGUGCAGAGGUGGCCCUUCAGUGUCCUCAACUUCUCCACCAUCCUGAAGAGGUGCAAACACUGCGACCGCGAUGUCAUCCGCGAGAAGCCCAACAAACAGUGCUUACAGGCAGUGAUAAUGGGAGUGAAGGACUAUCUCAUCAACGAGCUGCGGCAGAAUCGAAUCCCUAACACCAGAAAAUCAAAAGCAUCAACAUCUCAGGACAAUUGCAAGCUUAGGUACAGCAUAUGUUCUUAA